AAAUAAAAGAACUGGGACACAGCCGGGUAGAUUAAUGCCCCCGCACAGGCUGCACGAUAUUAGAAUAGAACACAGCAGCUCUUAACGACUGCUUAGAUCGCCAAUAUAUUCUGUUUCAGACUACUUGUCUGGUAGAGAAAACCGACAGCUGAUCCAAAUCAUUUUGAAUUGUAUUCUACUGUUUUUAUUUGAUCUGUGCUGGGCUGAAAGCGCGUAACGGUGGUAUUUUGGGGGGACUGAUAUUAGUGGGAAACCUAGGUUUCUUAUUUUAUUUCACUACCCUCAAGGAAUGCUUACUCAGAACAGGAUACAAAAGAUCUGGAUUCCUUCCAAGGAUGACAAACCGGCAGUCCCCCGGCGAUUGACAGGGGUCCCCCAUCUGGCCAACCCCCCCACAGUGAUUGUGAUGGUGGGUCUGCCAGCCAGGGGGAAGACCUAUAUGUCCAGGAAACUCACCCGAUACCUCAAUUGGAUCGGCAUGCCCACCAAAGUCUUCAACGUGGGAGAGUAUCGCAGAGAAGCAGUCAAGAACUACAGCUCGUAUGACUUCUUCGAGGCUGACAACGAGAGUGCCGUGAAGAUCAGACAACAAUGUGCCUUAGCAGCUCUGAGGGACGUUAAGUCUUACCUGACAGAGGAGGGAGGCCAGGUUGCAGUCUUCGAUGCCACCAACACUACUCGUGAGAGACGAGACAUGAUCCUGGACUUCGGCAGUGAGAACGGCUUCAAGAUCUUCUUCAUCGAGUCGGUGUGUGAUGAUCCCAGCGUCAUCGCCACAAAUAUCAUGGAAGUGAAGGUGUCCUGCCCAGACUACCAGGACUGCAACAAGACAGACGCCAUGGAAGAUUUCCAUAAGAGGAUAGAGUGUUACAGGGUUCACUACGAACCCCUGGACCCAGACCAGUACGACAGGAGCCUGUCCUUCAUCAAGGUGAUAGAUGUAGGCAGAAGGUUCCUGGUGAACCGGAUCCAGGACCACGUCCAGAGUAAGAUCGUCUACUACCUGAUGAACAUCCACGUCCAGCCCAGAGUCAUCUACCUGUGUCGCCAUGGAGAGAGCAUGCACAACCUGCAGGGACGCCUGGGGGGAGACUCAGGGCUGUCGCCAAGGGGGAGAAAGUUUUCUGGGGCGUUGUCGAUGUUCGUUAACGAGCAGAACUUGACGGAUCUGAAGGUGUGGACCAAUCAGAUGUGUUGCAGCAUCCAGACUGCUGAGAGCCUGGGAGUGCCCUACGAACAGUGGAAGGCCCUUAACGAGAUAGACGCUGGGGUGUGUGAGGAGAUGACGUACGAUGAGGUGAAGGAGAAGUAUCCUGAGGAGUUUGCUCUGAGAGACCAGGACAAGUAUUACUACCGCUACCCCACAGGAGAGUCCUAUCAGGACCUGGUCCAGCGGGUGGAGCCAGUGAUCAUGGAGCUGGAGAGACAGGAGAACGUUCUGGUUAUCUGUCACCAGGCUGUGAUGCGCUGUCUCCUGGCUUACUUCCUGGAUAAGAGUGCAGAAGAGAUGCCCUACCUGAAGUGUCCCCUCCACACGGUGCUGAAGCUCACCCCCAUUGCCUACGGCUGCAAGGUAGAGUCCAUCUCGCUCAACGUGGAAGCGGUGAACACCCAUAGAGAGAGACCAGAGGAGAUGAAGAAGUAUCCUGGGACUCUGAUCAGGAGGAACAGUGUGACCCCCCUGACCAGCCCCGAGCCCAACAUCAAGAAACCCCGCAUCGACGGCCUGGACGAACCCCUCCAGGAGCUGCCCCCCUCGCCCAUGUCCCUCUGUACUCCUUCCCACCUCACCUUGGCCGGACAGAACAUGAAGAGAAAGUCCAACAAUCGCCAUGAGAUCCUGCAGCUCUGCUAAUGAGAUCGCACCGCCUCGUCACCUGAUCCAAGUCCCCAGGAAGUGAUGCCGGCAAAGAAAAUUCAACAAUGUCACCAAAAUGGCUAUUGUUGUGUUUUUUCCCCCCAUCUGCCUCUUUCUGGAGAUCACAGGGACUACUGUUCUCUUUUCUCACGCAGACGUGUUAGUGAGUGUCUGGUCUGUGUGUUAUCUGCCAGUGCUUGUAGUUCAAACACUUUUCCUCUGGGAAAGAGAUAGUGAGAACACUGUACAUUAGAGGUCUUCUCUGGUCCACCCAAACCCAAAAUACCUGAGACUCGAGCAGGCCUGGGUCCAAAAUUCUACGUUUUCCAUCGGGUAUGAGCCGGGUCCUGUUUGAUUGUAAUCGGGUCUUGGGUCUAUGUAACAACCGCUGAUAGACCCGAGUGGACCCGAAUGGACCCGGCCAUGACUCUGCAUAGCCAAUAGCAUAUUUAUGUACCAGUUAAACAUAAUGUAUGCUACUGUACAAUAUGUUCAGUGAAUGUCUUGAGGAACACUGACUCACCUAAGCUGUGGUUGGUUCUCACAAGGUUUGUACAGAAGAUAGGGACAAACUAGCAUGAAUCAACCACUCUGUAGUGACAGCUCACACUGGAUCUGUGGUUUAAUUAGGGUAAUAGCUCUGAUUCUAAGGAGCUAUUAUAUCUGGUUUGAGUGACUACUUGGCAGUCGGCAAGGCAUCCUUCAGAGAGCUGGAACCAGGCCAAAUAUUUAAGUCUCCCUUUCUUGACACCCUCCUGAGAUCUGAGUGAUGAAUGGUUAUAUCACUCUUUUAACAGAUGGAAACGUUUAGUUUACGACGUAAACAUUUUCCUAUAGGGAUGCCUCUGAAAUAAUGAUUCUCCAAAUUGUGUUAAUGACUCUGACUUGUUGACAUUGAGCACUUAUUCACUUUUUUUGUUAUGAUUUAAGAUUUGAGUAUCAUACUGUUACUUAAAGGAUGUUAAAUUGAAUGACCGGUGUACUCGUGUGCUAUGAAAUGAAUGAUCCUUUUGAUCCUGCACAGCAAGGUUGACAUCCCUGUUGAGUUGUGUGUAUGACUGUGUCCAUAGACACAAUUGUCUCUUUCUGUGUUUCUCUCCGAAAGGAGAUUCGGACCUAGAGUGCCUAGUGUUUGUCCUGCAAGCCCAAUGCGGCUUCUGCACCCAUAUAGCUAGCCAUAGAAAUUCAGACAUAUGGUACCUUCAGAGUACAUGCAGUGUAACGUGAUUCACUUUUCUUUGUAAGACAGCUGUUAACAUGUGUGAGCACUUAUAUCUUUGUUAUGAAAAUGCGUUCUGUAAAUACACAUGUAAAUAUAUCAGACUUGAAGGAACGCUCAGUGUUUUGGAAUGUUCAAGUCUAGAAUUGAGUGGGAAGGUAUUUUGUAGAUGCUCGUUUGUACUGCUCACUGUUUGAAGGAUUAAUAGUUCAUUGUAAGGAGUGUACUGUUCUGCCUCACAAAGGUAAAACACAGUAACUACGCCAACAAUGAAACUGAUAAAAAUGGCUUUAAAGUUUUUUUUGCUAGCCAGCCAAAUAUGUUCUGCAUAUCAUAUUGGCAGUACUACUUUUGUUCAUUUGUGUUUGCUUCUGAUACUUGAAUUUAGUUUUUUUUGUAAGACAUUUUUUCUCAAACUAUUUAUUUCUAUGUAGAUUUAGAUAAUGGUUUGGAGCGGAUGGCACCUGGUCUUGCCUGAGUACUGUGUAUGACUUGUGUAUGCCAAGCAAAGCGUCUGAGAGGACAACAUGUGUAUAUUCUGCAUUUGCUGGGCCAAUAAAUCUCCGGGAAAACAA